AUGACUACGAAAACGAGGGCAAUGUUAAUACAUGUUUUCGGAACCAAAUUCCACAUCAUGAAUUUUUCCAAUGUCUCAUACACCGAAGACCAAGAUGAGCUCAUAAUUUUCGAUAGCUAUACUGAUAUAUACGGAACAAUAGUUUUGCGUAUGGUGAAACACAAUAGCAUCUUGCAAUGUGCUGUACCUGGAGAGCUGCGUAUGCAUCUACGACUAGUUUUCCUGAAUGGAACUGUUCGUCCCUUGGAUUUCGACUUUCCUGUGAAUAAAUGGAAUUAUUGUCCGACUGACUGGAUUUAUGCGCUUUUAGUAGAACCGAAUCUUAUUAUGUUAAAUUAUUUUAAUUUUUCGGAUGCUAAACCCGAAAUGAAUGGCGUUUAUCAAGAGAAUGGAGUCUUUGUAGACUAUUGGGGAAAUAUUAAAAACAUUUUUCAGCUUGGUAUUGGGACAUCAUACGAAAGAAGAGUUUCAAUAGGAUUUGGCCCUUUAGACGGGAUAUUAAGAACUUAUAAAUUGCCUAAUGGAGAUGUAGGAUGGAACAGAUUCACAAAACCUGAUGAAAACGGCCAAAUAUGGAGUGACGGAGGAGGCUUAAUCUACGAAAAAUCUAUAAAAGAAAACGUCACUCUCUUCAGAGCAUUCACUUUACUUGAAGGAGGAUUUGGCUGUAUUGUAGUCACCCGACCUAUAGCUCAAAGUCCACUUGAUUUACAGGAUGUGUCUUUUCCGAAAUGGAGUGCACAUAUAUCAUUUUUGAAAACUGGCAGCCCGAUCCCGACAAAGCCUUUUAUUCUGUAUCAGAUACCCAUAGACUUCAUAAAACUGGAGUUUACGCGAUGUGCAAUAGUCUUUGAUGGAACUGGAAAUGAAUGCAUUAUGAGAACAGCAGUGAAUCGUACAAACACAAAUAUCGCAUCAAAUGGCAAUAAUUCCACAAAUGGAAAUAAUUCUACCACAAAUGGAAAUAAUUCUACCACAAAUGGAAAUAAUUCUACCACAAAUGGCCUUAAUAAUUCAACAUUAGCAGAUCUAAAUAAACCCUUUGAGAUAACUUCAAGCAUUCAUUUUGGAAGUCAAGGCACUGUGCUUGCCAUUCAAAAACUAGAAAAUGAUCCUCAAACCAAAAAGUUCGGUUACUUGUAUCCGCUUUUCUAUGGCGGAUAUGUAACACUUGGAGUGGUGAAUAGGACAACAAAUGAGACGGGCGGCUAUAUGCUUGGUCGUGAUGGUAGCAUAAAAGAAAAAUGGAGUUUUGAAACAUUUAUUAAUCAUUCAACCUAUUUUCCUUUGAGCAAUACUAUAUGGGCUGCAAAAAAAGAUUCACCAGCAGCUAGAAAUUGGACGAUAAUAACAAAAAUAUUCCCUAAGCUUAAAGUUGCAACUGCUGAUAAUCGUUAUCGAAAUCCAAAUAUUGAUACUACGUUUCCAACAAUUGGAGCCGUUAUUCCAUCUAACAUCAUACAAAUAAGCAUUACCUAUGACGAGCCUAUUAUCUUAUCAUCUGGCAAUAUUACUAUAUAUCAAGAAGGAAAAUAUGAAUCGGUUGAUAUUUUUCGUCAAGGAUUAAAUCAAUUGUCGAAAGAUUUCCAAAUUACCAUCCAAGAUAAAACAGUAUCAAUUCCAGUUUUGGACUCAACUUUUAAUGUCCCGAAUGCUACUUAUUAUGUGAUUGUUGACACAAAUUUCGUUCGCGCUUUUGAUACCGGUGAAGCAUUACUUGGAAUGGGUAAAGACAGUUGGCGAUUUACUACUGCUACUGAUCCAUUUAAAGCUGGCGGAGGCGACAAUAGUAGAAAAUCAGGAAUAAUUCGAUUAAUAUCUGAGGCUACAACAGCAUUCAAAAGCUCAUUUAAGAGUAAUUCUUUCAUAUAUGAAGAUAUAUUAAAUGAGCUCGCAAAUACAAUUCCAAUUUCACGGAAAAGACUCGAAAUAAAUAGAAAAUAUCAGAUAAAUGGUGAUCAAAUUCUUCUUCGAAUAACUAUUCUACCAUCAGAAAAUAAUACCGAAAAUAACGUCAAGCAAAUUAUAAGUAAUUUGAAAACUCUUAUAAAACAUAAGGAUAUCACGUCUAUUUCAAGAUAUAAAUAUACCGAGUGGUUGGACAGCAGUUAUGGAUUCCAGGAAUCAAUCGAUAUAUGGGAAGAAUAUAAGGUUAUAUUUAUUGUGGCUAUUUCUGUCACUUUUUUGAUCGCUAUUUUGUUUUUAAUAGCUUGGCGCAAGAAUAAAAAAGGUCGAAAUAUUGUUAUUCUUACAAGUGCAUUGAUUUUACAAGAUAUUAUUUUCGAUUUUGCAUUUGUAAUAUUUAACAGUAAAGAUAUACCGGAACUCUUUAUCCCUAGUUUGCUCACACUAAUAAUUCCAAUAGCCAUUAAUUGCACAAUCGCUCUCUACGUAAUAUUAUCGGAAAAUUCACAAAACGAUAAAUUUAAUUCCUGGUUCCGAAAGUAUCCACAAGUCGCUGCAGCGUCCACUCUGUUUGCCAGUGGCGAUAUCGUUAUAUUGCAUGUACUUACUUCUCAAGUGGCAGGCCUUCAAAUUUUUUCUGCUACGUUUUCCGAACGUGCAGAGGCCAUUCUAUUUAUAACGAGCACGUUGAAUUUGUUCAUUGAGGAUAUCCCGCAGUUUAUUAUACGGUUUUUCCAUUGGAAAAAUACUGUCGAAUACGGUAUAAUUCCCUUAAUUGCGUUAUGGACCAGUGCAUUAGUAUUAUUGAACACUUUUAUCAGUCGACUAUAUAAUGGGGCAAUACAAUGUCAGAAAAGACGGAGAUUGACAGCAAUUAGUACAGAACUCGAGGAAGAAGAUACUAACAUAUAA